UGGCACUGGCAACACUGGCAUAACUUUGGGCGGUCUCGGUGAAGUUAUAAAGGUGCAAGCAAUGGAGGAAAUUUUGGAGAAAGCUGUGUUCUAUGAUCGUCGUGUGGUAACUUACAAAUGGCUCAGCUGGAAAUUGGGUGGCCAUCCAAACACUGCGAAACAAUGCUUGCGGCAAUUCCUCAUGAAACAAAAAGCGGAAGAUGGCAACGUCGCUGGACAUUCCAUCAUCACCGGCACCAGGGACGGGUCGUAUCGUGUCAUCUUAACAGCCUCCGUCCGACAGGCCAGGGAGAAACUUUCUUCCGUGACAGGCGUGCAUUUGUACAGCGUCUGCCCUGCCAAUUUACCGGAUGCCGAAGAGCACUUGCAAACGGAAACCAACCCCGAGUACAUCGAGACACCCUGUUUGCCCAUUCAACGAACAGGAACCCCUCGUGCAGAGCCGGCACCAGAGAAGGCAGAGAGAUUGGUCGAAAGCGCUGAGAAAGCCGGCGUGGAGCAGCCAAAGAAACGGAAAGAAGUAGACGUGGCACCGUCGUCUGCCGAAAAGAAAACAAAGAAAGAAGCUGGUGCAGGGCAGCCGAAGAAAGCGAAGCAAGCAGAUGUGGCGUCAUUGUUUGCUGAAAAGAAAUCUAAGAAAGAUUCCAGUGAAGACCCUACGAAGAAAGGGAAGCAAGCAGACGUGGCAUCAUUGUUUGCCGGAAAGUCACUGAAGAAAGAAACCACCGAACAGCAGCGAAAGCAACCGAAACAAACAGACGUGGCAUCAUUGUUUGCCGAAAGGAAACCAAAGAAAGAUCCCAGUGAGGAGAGUACGAAGAAGGCAAAGCCUGCAGACACGGGAUCGUCACCUGCCGAGAAGAAAUCAAAGAAAGAAGACAGUGCAGAGAAAUCGGAAGAAGCAGAUUCAUCUGAAAAGACACCAAAGGAUGAUGUUGUAUCUCCUGUUGCACAGAAGAAGAGAAAGCGCAGGGCCAUCAGCGAGUCCUCGGAAGACGAAAGUGCCCCGACACCCUCAGCCAGCAUGACGGACUCGGGUUGCAAAACAGAAAAGAAGCGCAAAAGGAAGGUGAUGAAGGCGGUGAAGGAGACGUACAAAGAUGAUGAAGGCUUUUUAGUGACAAAGACUGUGAAGCAAUUGGUUAGCGAAUCUGACGACGAAGAGCCACUUCCGAAAGUGAAAGAAGAGAAAAAGGUGAACGAGAUGAAACAGCAAACCCUCUUUUCUUUCUUGAAGAAGAAAUGAUGUUCCGCAAACAGCUACCCAGGAAAAACAUUUAUUAACAGAAAAGAUAUGUACACGCUGUUAUCUUGGCUCUCCCACGUCGCUGGCUCGUGUUUCCAUCACUGAGGGGGAACUGACGGGCAAAGCUUGUGUGAGUCUAAGCGGUGCCACGUUGCACUCCAAAUAAAGUGCACUUUUGGAGCAAUGCUAAA